GUGGAGCACAACUCAGCUGAUAACCGCUACCUAGAAGUAGGUCUUCUCGUCUUCUCUCUCUCGCUUAUCUCUUCACUUCGACUGCCGUCGCUCAUGGCUUCUUCAUCAUGUUCCUCUGAAUCCCAACAAAACCAGCCGUGACCCCCCCUCCUCUCGCUCUAUCCCCUAAUAAGGCUGGAUUGAUUGAAUGGCGUCAACGCCGCAGCACUUUCCAAUCACAGCCACCAAGCUAAACCAGAACCAUCAAUACCCACAAAACCCCCAACUCAAGAAGACCCACCACCAGAAUAACCACCAUCUACGCCACUGGGCUACCCAAAAGGUCUCUCUCUCCAAACCCCCUUCGUCCUCUGCCCCCAAUGUCGCCAAACCUGCCACCGCCAGCGCCGCUGUCCCUACAGCUGGAUUCCCCCCUCUCGCUCCUCUUUCUGGUCCGAAAUCUGAGCUCGGUGCAAACUUCUCUGGUCGCCGGUCGACCCGGUUUGUGUCUAAGAUGCAUUUCGGGCGACCCAAGACUAAUAUGGGUACCAGACAUAGUUCCGUGGCAGAGGAAGCUCUUCAGCAGGUGAUUCAAUUCGGAAAAGACGAGAAAAGCCUAGAAAAUUUGCUUCUUGGUUUUGAGUCGAGGCUUUCUGGGUCCGAUGACUAUACAUUCCUUCUCCGGGAGCUUGGGAAUCGUGGGGAGUGUCUAAAAGCCGUUCGAUGUUUUGAGUUUGCGGUGAAGAGGGAGAGAAGGAAGAAGGAACAGGGGAAAUUAGCGAGUGCAACAAUCAGUAUUCUUGGUAGAUCGGGGAAAGUUGAGCUUGCUAGGAUUGUGUUUGAUACUGCGUUAAAUGGGGGCUAUGGCAAUACUGUGUUUGCCUACUCAGCGAUGAUUAGUGCGUAUGGACGGAGUGGAUGUUGCGAUGAGGCCAUUCAAUUGUUUGAAUCAAUGGUAAGUUAUGGUUUAAAGCCUAAUUUAGUUACUUACAAUGCUGUAAUCGAUGCUUGUGGUAAGGGUGGUUUGGAGUUUGGAAGAGUAGUUGAGUUAUUCGAUGAAAUGUUGAGAAAUGGAGUCCAGCCAGAUCGAAUUACUUUCAAUUCUCUGCUUGCUGUUUGUAGUAGAGGAGGAGUGUGGGAGGCAGCUCGUGGUUUGUUUAGUGACAUGGUGGAUAGAGGGAUUGAUCCGGAUAUUGUUACAUAUAACACUCUAUUGGAUGCUGUUUGUAAAGGUGGGCAAAUGGAUGAUGCUCUUGAAAUCAUGUCAGAGAUGUCCGCGAAGAAUGUAUUGCCUAAUGUUGUAACUUAUAGCACUGUGAUUGAUGGGUAUGCAAAGGCUGGUAGGUUAAAUGAUGCACUUAAUUUGUUCAAUGAGAUGAAGUACUUGGGCAUUGGUUUGGAUAGAGUUUUGUAUAACACUCUCUUGUCAAUUUAUGCAAAGCUUGGUAGAUUUGACGAUGCUUUGGAUGUUUGCAAAGAGAUGGAGAAUUCCGGGAUACGGAGGGAUGUUGUGACAUAUAAUGCACUUUUGGGUGGCUAUGGGAAACAAUGGAGGUAUGAUGAAGUGAGGAGAGUAUUUGAGGAGAUGAAACAAAACCGGGUAACUCCUAAUUUAUUAACAUACUCAACAUUGAUUGAUGUGUAUUCAAAAGGUGGUUUGUAUAAAAAGGCAAUGGAAGUGUUUAAGGAGUUUAAGGGGGUGGGAUUGAAGGCGGAUGUUGUGCUUUAUAGUACACUUAUAGAUGUUUUGUGUAAGAAUGGAUUGGUGGAGUAUGCUAUAUCCUUACUUGAUGAGAUGACCAGUGAAGGAAUUAAGCCUAAUGUUGUGACUUACAAUUCUAUAAUUGAUGCAUUUGGCCGUCCAGCAACUGCAGAAUGUGUUGCUGAUGAAGCUAGGGAUGUGAGUAAGGUGCAGUUGGAAUCUUCUUCGUCUACAAUAAUUAUUGAAGAUGCUUAUGGAACUGAGGUAACCGGUAGGGAUGAUAACCAGAUCAUCAAGAUUUUUGGGCAGUUAGCCACUGAGAGGGCUGGUGAAGCAAAAAAGGACAACGGGGGCAGACAGGAAACUUUGUGCAUUUUAGAAGUAUUUAACAAGAUGCACGAGCUGGAGAUCAAACCCAAUGUUGUCACAUUUUCAGCCAUUUUAAAUGCUUGCAGUCGUUGCAAUUCCUUUGAAGAUGCUUCAGUGUUAUUGGAGGAGCUCCGCUUGUUUGAUAAUCAGGUAUAUGGUGUGGCUCAUGGACUUCUAAUGGGGUCUAGGGAGAAUAUAUGGAUGCAAGCUCGGUCCCUUUUUGAUGAAGUAAAGCUGAUGGACUUUUCAACUGCAUCUGCCUUCUAUAAUGCUCUGACCGACAUGCUCUGGCACUUUGGUCAGAAAAAAGGUGCCCAACUGGUUGUUCUUGAAGGGAAACGUCGGCAAGUAUGGGAGAAUGUGUGGUCUGAUUCUUGUUUAGACUUGCAUCUUAUGUCUUCUGGGGCUGCUCGGGCUAUGGUUCACGCAUGGUUGCUAAACAUUCGAGCAAUCUUGUUUGAAGGGCAUGAGUUGCCAAAACUUCUAAGCAUUCUGACCGGAUGGGGCAAGCACAGCAAAGUUGUCGGUGAUGGCACAUUAAGGCGAGCUAUUGAAGCACUCCUCACCGGCAUAGGAGCACCCUUCAGAGUUGCCAAAUGCAACUUAGGUAGAUUUACCUCUACAGGGUCUGUAGUAGCUGCCUGGUUAAGGGAAUCUAACACAUUGAAAGUUCUUGUACUCCAUGAUGACAGAAAUCGUACUGGAAGUGCAAAUAAUCCCCUUCUAGUUUGUCAUAUCUGAUAUGUCAAUUUCCUUGUAAACAUAUGUACCAAGUUGUAAGAUAAUGAAUGGAUUUUUCUUCUGGCUUCA